CCGCAGCUUUAACGCCGACGUCACAGAAACGGAGCUGGUACCGAGUCGUUAUCCAACCGCGACACCAAAUGCAUCUAAACUAAGCCCAUCAUCGUAGAGAAGCACCCUCCUUGUCUUCCGCCUCCUUCAUGUUUGUCUUUGCCUGUCAGCGCGGUAGUAAAGUAACCUGUGAGCGCCGAGUGAUGCCGCCUAGCUCUCGGUGAAACGGCGUAAAGCUGGUCGAACAGACAUGGCUGCCCGGUAGAGGAACAGCUGGGGUUGUUCUGGUUGAGCUUUUUUAUUCAGAUGUGUUGCUGGCAGAAACAUGGAUAAACCAAGUUCCUCAGACAGAUCAGAGCUGGAAGAGACAGCAGGCCUGGUGGAGGAUGGUGAUUUGCCUCAAGGCGCUGAAGGUGGAAAGGUGGAUCCUCGAACACUGAGGAAGAGCAGCUCCUCUCGCUCUUCCCGUAAGAGUUUCCGUCUGGACUACCGACUGGAGGAGGAGGUCACGAAGUCCUGUCGGGAUAAACAUGGUCGCUGGACAAACCCCUGGCCAACAUGGCGCUUUCCAUCGUACUCUAUGCUGUUCAGAUUUCUGGUGCUGGAUAAAAAUCACAGCAGUGUGCCAACUAGCAAAGAGGUCCUGGACAGUGAACUCCCAGUAUUGGAGCCCUACUUUGUCCAGAACCCAGAAGCGCUGGACUCUCCUGCUGGUAUGAGGGUCACCUGGCUGGGCCACGCAACAGUUCUGGUCGAAAUGGAGGGGGUCAACAUUCUGACUGACCCCAUUUUCAGCCAGAGAGCAUCAUUUCUUCAGUUCAUGGGGCCCAAACGAUACAGAGGACCCCCCUGCACUGUGGAACAGCUGCCGAGGAUAGAUGCCGUCCUCAUCAGCCACUCUCAUUACGAUCACCUGGAUGCUGGAUCUGUUGCCAGCCUUAAUGCACGCUUUGGAGGGGAGCUACGCUGGUUCGUACCUCUGGGAUUGAUGGACUGGCUGGCCAAGAUGGGCUGUGAGAACGUGAUGGAGCUGGACUGGUGGGAGGAAAACUGCGUCCCGGGUCACGACAACGUUACGUUUGUCUGCACGCCCUCUCAGCACUGGAGCAAACGGACAGCGUGGGAUGAUAACAGGUCUUUAUGGAGUAGCUGGUCUGUUUUGGGUCCCAACCAUCGAUUCUUCUUCGCCGGCGACACAGGCUACUGUCCGUCCUUCCAGGAGAUCGGACGCCGCUUUGGGCCAUUCGACCUCGCAGCAAUCCCAAUUGGAGCGUACCUGCCCAGGGAUGUGAUGAAGGGACAGCAUGUGGAUCCAGAGGAGGCUGUUCAGAUUCAUCAGGACCUUCAGGCCAAACAGUCUGUAGCCAUACACUGGGGGACCUUCGCCCUGGCCUAUGAGUACUACCUGGAGCCCCCGGUCCGUCUCAGAGAGGCACUGGAGCAGAGGGGACUGAAACCAGAAUCCUUCUUCACGUUGCAUCACGGGGAGUCCCGGCUCAUCGCCACACAAGACAGAAACGUCUUUGAUUGAUGUCUGCAAAAAACAAACAGUGCUUCAUAUUGAUUUCAUUAAAAGACUGAAGAUUUGA